UAAAAAAUAUGAUGAUAUGAAGGCUGAUUAUUUUGGUACAGAUACAUAUGAUAAAAUUCCAUACUUUACUUUAAAGAACAAAAGGAUUGAACUUUUUGAAAAGGUUCUCGAAAUAUAUGAAAUAGGAGAUUUUAAUGAUAAUAAUGAUCAAUAUGAAAUUGAAGAUUAUUUUUCUUAUCAUAAAGAAAUUGAAUCUUAUGAUCUUCUAAUAUUCAAUAUUAAAUAUAAAAAAAUGAAGACGCUUGCUGAAGAUUUCAAAAAAUUAUUUAAUUUAAUAGUUAAAGAGGUUUAUAAUAGAUCUUUGAAGGAAAAUGAUAUAGAGAUAGAGUUUUAUUCAUUUCAAAAUAAGGUUUUUGAUAAACAAAAUAUAUUAAAUACAUUAGAUAGGUUUAAAUACAAUGGUUAUAGAUAUUUUAUUUUAAUUACAUUUUAUGAUUUUAUAAUGGAGAAAGAUUUUACAAAUAGGUUUGGAGAGUACCUUAUAUCUUACGAUAAUGAGUCAAAGGCUAAUACAAUUAUUAUUAAAUUUAAAUAUAAUAUUCUAUUCUUGUCUAUAUCUACAAUUUAUAAAAAUUUCAAGUAA